UUUUUGAAAUUUCAGGGAGUGAAACCGUAUCCGAUAGACUCGUAAACCAUAUGAAAUUGUGAAUCAUUAUUCGUUUCUUGGGUCGUCUUCUUCCUUCCAAAGUGUUCGUCUUUUUCUUCUCCCUAAUCCAUAAAUGCUUCUCCAAAUUAGGGUUCUCAAUGGCACAAGGUAAGCUCCUCAAGCCCUCAAGCCCUGAAGCUUACUCCAUUGUCGUCGUUAAUUCAUCUCCCAUUCCUGCGAGUCCCCUUCCCAAGCCAUGGAUGUUGGAGAUGAAGUGAUUGAAGGCACUAUUCAGUCUCUUAUCAUGGAUUCCCUAGAGUCUUUUAAAAAAGGCGAGGUACUUUCUCCAGAGGAUGAUGCUUGGGUUGAUUCGUGCCUGAUUAACGAAUUUGAUGUUUUCGAUGACAACUGGGACUCUUUGAAAGGUGCCUUACAAGAAAUCCUUGGUUCUCAGCCGCCUGAAUCACUCAGCUCUUCUUCACUUGUAACUGAUGGUUUAACCAGGGGAACUGACAUCGUGAUACUUCCAUCUCGUGAGCGGGCAGAAACAAAACAACUCCGAAGAAGAAUCCGAAAUGCUGUUCUUAGUAUUGGUGAAGAAGCAGAAAGAAGUGAUGAAGAUGAUGAUGACGACAUGCCAACUGAUGAGGAUAUGAAUAAUUUGCAGUCAUCAACUUUUACGGGAAAUCCAUUUUUGCCAGGAUACAAAGAUGACCCGAGAAUGACGGAAAACCUCGAGUUAGGAGCCGAUAUCAGCUCUUCGUUAUCUGAGAUGGAGCCUUCAACUAAGGAUAUUUUCAGGGUUUGGGAUUUGGAUGUUCCUGUGGAGGAAGACGACGACCUGGUAAAGCAGUUGAACAAGGCCCUCGAAGAAAGUUUGCCUCAACCGGUCCCAUCAACUUUUGAUGACUCUGAUGUAUGGAAAAGUAUGAAAGUAGAUUCGGUUGAUGAUCUAGUUUUUGGGCUUGCAGAUCUAUCUUUGGAUCUCAACUCUAGUUAAGCAUCUUGUACAUUAGAAUGAUAGAAUUCUGCUUUAAUUUCAUUAUUUGUUGCGGUGUUAAUAAUCGACUUGCUGUUGUUUCACAAUGUCACAUGACUCAUUUAUUUGUUGAACUCUCCUUAUGUUAUGUUCAACAUCGUACCGAAAGGUUUUGUGGA